UUAUUUUCAUUUUAUAAUUUAGUAUUUUCAAAUAUUUUACAUGAUUUUCAAUUUGUUUAACUCAUAUAUAGCAUAUAUCAAGUUUUCGCAAUAUAGUAUAAAAUAAUUGGUACUUUGGUAUACCGGUACUUUUACUAAUGAUUUAUAAUGGAUACAAAGGAUACAAAUGCAGUUAGAGCUUACGAAUUAUGUUAUACUUGUCUGUCCAAUAAGAACUUGGUGUGUGUUCCUAAAGAUCAUAAAGAAUACGAAGAUUUUGUUGAACUAUUUUACAAAUUCACUAAUUUGUACAUCACUGAAAAUGUAAUAACUAUUUGUGAAAAUUGUAUAUUUAAGCUAAACGAGAGCCACCAAUUUCGUACUGUUUGUAUAGAAUCAUAUAAAACUUUCAAGACUCUUACAGAAGAAUUUAUAAAUGAAACAUCAAUAGACCCUACUACAGAAGACAAAAAUCAGGAGAAUAUAGAACCAGCCAAUACAAUUGAAUCAUCUGAGACAAAUCCUAGAGAGAAUAUUGAAAACACCUGGAAUGUCGGUUAUGAAACAAUAUGUGGAAUAUGUAAAAAGCAAUUUAGCAGCGUUUUAGAACUACGUACACAUUUUACAUCUCAUGAAGAAAAUAACGAACUUGAAAGUACAGAAUCAAAUGAAGAUCUUUGCUUCAACUACGUUUGUAGUAAAUGUAACACAAAGUUUUCUGUGCUAGGUGACAUAAAGCUACAUAUUGAUCAACAUAACAAUGAAUCAUUAAAAUCUAUACCUUCCAAAACCAGAGAAAUGCAUGAAGAUUACCAGAAUUUUGAAAAUGAACAUUACAGAGUGAACUAUACAUCAUCAAAACCCUACGAAUGUUUAUAUUGUCCAAAUACAUAUGGCAGACUGUGUGAUCUAAAAGUACAUACGAGAAUUCACACUGGAGAAAAACCAUAUAAAUGUACAGUUUGUGAUAAACACUUUAGGAGAAAAACUCAUCUAACUAUACAUAUGAGAAUACACACUGGCGAGAAGCCUUACAGUUGUAAGACAUGUGGAAAGAGUUUUGCUCAAUCCGGAGACGUAACAACUCAUGAAAGGACACAUACAGGAGAAAAACCAUUUGUUUGCAAUGUUUGUAACAAGUGUUUUGCACAAAGGCCUUCUUUGAAAACUCACUUAAAAAAACAUUUUUUGCUGUCUUAAAAAUGUGUCAAUUAGUUUUAGAGACACAAUAUGUAUCCAAAAUAUUACUCUCAACUCAACUACUCUGAUAAAAAAUAUUAAUAAAAGCCUAAAACAGUUGAAACUGCACUUGUAUGCAGAAUUUCAUAUUCUAUUAGAAUAUGUCUUGAUUUGUGCUGAAAUGUUGAUAGUGUUAAAAAAGAUGGCAAUCAGACGAUCAAUGUCAAAUCAAAAAUAGAUAUGUUUACUUAAUGUAUACAGAAUGAUAUAAUUACUGAAAAAAUUAUAGAUGUAUAAAUUGUUGGUAAAAUAAAACAAUGAAUGACCUA